CGCGUUCCAAGACGACACAUUUGUACGAUCCCUUGAACCGCCACGAAAUCGAUUGGACUGUUUUAAUGCGCAGAAUCGCCCUUGAACGGUUUUCUUUCGAUCCCGACCCGAUUACCGGUACGUAACCCUCUUGGAACGCUUUUGUGUAUCUGUGUUGUGUACCAUUUGAAUUUGAAGUUCGAGUUGCGCCGGAGCUUCUUCAUUUUCAUUGUUCUUCAUUCAGCAUCAGCAUACAUACCACGACCACGUGUAUUUGUUUAUGUACAAAAUUAGUUUUUGUAAUUAAAACAUUUACAAGAAAUGGAUCUAAACAAUGAACUUCAGCCCUACCUGAUGUUGCCUCAGACACCGAGUGUGACAUUGGACUAUAAGUGGAGUGAAAACGCCUCAAAAUUACUAAUAGAUCUCUAUAAACAAUACAAAAAUAAAGUGGGGACAAUGGAGAUACGGACCAUUAAGAUGCUUUGGGCAAGAAUAGCCCAAGAAUUAAAAAACCACAAUAUACAUGUCACUGCAAACAACUGCAUUAACAGAUGGAGGGUUUUGGAACGGAAUUAUAAGAAGUUUGUGGAUGACCAAAAACAAACAGGCCGCAAGCGAAAGUUUUUUGAAUACAAGGAGGAAAUGGACGAAAUAUUUACUGACAAAGUAAAUAUUCGUCCAGAAAUAGUUAUCAACUGUGAUGAAACUGACCAUGACCUCGGUCAUGGUCAGGAAGAUGUACAGCAAUCGACCAGCUUCAUCUCGGAUGAACCAACCACCAGCGACUCUCCCAAUGCCAAAACAAACCCCAUUAAAAAAAAAAGUCCUGUCGGAAAGGGGAAACGCAUUGCUUUGGCGAGGCGGGCUAGGGAAAAGUUUUACCAAGAAAGGUUAAAGAUGGAGAGAGAGAAAAUUACAGAAAUGAAGAGACGAACCGAUUUAGCUCACAAAGUAGCUGUUGAGCGAAAUCAAAUAUUCCGAGACUUGGUAGAGGUUUUCAGUGCUUUUGUUGUGAAUGCGUUUCCGGGAGUAAGUGGUGAAUAGAGUGAUACUUAAAUAUAAACAGUUAGUUUUAGUUAUUUACUUCUUAAUAUAAAAUUUUAAGUUAGGUUUAAGUUUGUUAAGUUAGGAUAUACCAUAGUUUGUAGUUUGCUAGCCUGUAGGAUGUUUUUGUUUUUUAAGAUAAUAUAAUAAAAAAAAUUUUAGUUUG